CAAUCACACCAACACCCUUCCCACCAACCCUCCUCGCUCUGCUCAUCAUCCACACCUACCUACAACCUCUAAUAUACUCAUCAUCCACAUUUGAAUUACUCACACAGAUCAACAAGAUGAAGAAUGUUUUCUUCUCCUUGUUCCUCGUCCUCUGCCUCGUCUACUGCUUCGCUCAGCUGACCAAUGCUGCAAUUCCAUGCGGCACCGUCGACAUGAAGGCCGCCUCGUGCGUCUCAUUCGCCACCGGCAAGGACGCCAAGCCGUCGGCAGCGUGCUGCACGGGCCUGCAACAGCUUGCUCAGACCGUGAAGUCGGUUGAUGACAAGAAGGCAAUAUGCCGCUGCCUCAAGACCGCCGUCAAGAACUUUUCAGGCGUCCAGGACAAGUUCUUGAGCCAGAUCCCUACUGCUUGCAACAUUAAAGUUGGUUUCCCUGUUUCUCUCAGCACUGAUUGCGAAAAGCUCCACUGAGAUGCUGUGGAGUUGACCAGAGAUUUGAAGUCGCAUUAGGAAACUUAUAAGAAAUCGUGCACAAUAAGACUUUGCAUUACAGCACUCUGUGGCUAUGGAGAAGAAUCAAUGUCGGCUUUGGUUGUUUCCUAUGGAGUCUGUAUUGUAUUUGCAUCCUUGUCAGAUUUUAUAGUAUUGCAAUAAGAUUUUGAUUACUGCAACAA